AAAUCCAAGUCCGAAGUAUAUAGGUUCGGAUUUUGGGUUUGGUAAUUUAGAUUCGAAAAAAAUCGGGAUGACUCGAGUCCAAACCCAAAACCUUCGGGUCAAGUGUGGAUUCGAACUAAGUCGACCUGAUUGACACCCCUACAAAAAUACAAAUAAACCCUCCAUGAAUCCAUCUAGGCAAUUCGAUACAAAUCGAGCUGCAGAGAGAUAUAGAGACAGAGUCGAUCUGGUCGGGAAAAAAAAUAUAUUUUCAGAGGAAAAUGACAAGUUGAGCUAACUUGAGAGGAUAGGCUUUAAGAUUACAUAUGAACGUUGUAAGUUGGGAUAAGCAAUGUACAAACAUAGUGCAGUUGAAAUGGUUUAGGGGAAAACGUCAUGGAAUCCAGUAAGUAUGUCUGCUCGAUAAUCUAUAAUUAAUAUAUGCUUUUAUAAUUUAAAAUUAACUUAUAAAGUCAGUCAAUCCCGAGAUUUUUAGUUAACUCUUUGUGUUGGGAGGGGGAGGGGAAGACUUGUAAAGUAGAACUAAAUGCCUUUUCCAUAUAUUAUUGCUAUUUUACAUUAUUAAUUUGACCUUUCUGUUUAUUUUGACAGCGUCAACAACUGAGACGUGUUCUUGUAGAAAAUAAUGACCUUUUCAUCAUUAGGGAUUCUAUCAUUUUACCCUUCUUCUGCUAACAAGCCCUAGACGUAGACGGAUGAUCUUCUUCCUUCCUCCCGCUAGUUGCUUGAUCCGCAAGCUACCUCAAACCCUAAUCUUCCUUCUUUCCUUUCGUACACCUGCGGUUUCCUUUUAAUCGAUCAAUUCCAUCGCAGCCGCUGUUUCUGUACCCCCUGCAGUUUACACUAUUAAUCUGGGUUUUCUCUUCAUUUCUUUCGAGACGCCAUGGAUUCCCAAGAACACAGAUCGUACUCUGUUAUCACGGAGAGAGAAAUUUGCGCCAAGAUGGACAAACAGAUCGAUGAAAUCUCCGAAAUUUUCUCAGUGUCCAAGUCUGCUGCGACGGUCAUCCUUCUAAGUCAACGAUGGAACGUAUUUAGGGUUUCGGAUCGUUUGGGCGAUGAUCAAGACAUGUUCUUGGAGGAAUUCGGCUUGAAAUCAGAUGGCUCGAAGCAAGAUGAACCAACAGAUUCCACUUCUUGUGGGAUUUGUCUUGAAUCUUCAACCGCCGAUGGUCAUCAGACCCAUGUUCUUGUCUCCACACCGUUGUGUUCCCACAACUUCUGCACAAAAUGUUGGAUGGAAUACCUCGAAAACUGUCUGGAUAAGAGCAGCCCAAGCGACAAAAUCUCUUGCCCUCAUCUGGGUUGUAAAGCCGCUGUUGGACCCAACACGAUUCAACGGUUACCAGAAACGGCGAAGGAGAUUUACAAGAGAUACGUUCUCAGUUCAUACAUGGAGAGCAGCAAGAAAUCCAUCAAGUGGUGUCCUUCACCAGAUUGCGAGUACGCAAUCGAGCUGAUUCAGGAGGAGGAGGAGAAGGAUUCCUCGGAUGACGAAGAAGAAAAAGAAGAUGGAUUCUUUAAUGUGAUGUGCCGAUGCUCUUACACGUUCUGCUGGAAAUGUGAGCACGAAUCUCACAGACCCGUUACAUGCAACAACGCUUCAGAUUGGGGCAGAUCAGUUUCUGCUGGUAUUACAGAUCAUGAAUCCUUGAAUGUUGCCUGGAUUGCUGAAAACACGAAGCCUUGCCCGAGUUGUUCCCGUCCUAUACAGUUCGUUCCUGAAGGUGGCUACAAUUUCUUGAACUGUGCCUCCCCUUGCAGGUUUCAUUUCUGCUGGAAGUGCAUGAGGUCAGUGGAAGAUCACUUGGGGGAAGAAUGCGUUGAAACAUCCGUUCCAGCUGAUGUUUCCGAGAAGUGGGCAUUCGAUCAAGACCGUUCUCUUUACGUGGACCUCUUCGAGGAAGGUGACCGGGCAAUGCAGCAGGCCAUCAGGGAUCUACGCAGGAUCGAGAAAUCGGUAAUGCCUGAACUUGGAAAGGAGUUCGGUACAAGUGAGCAGAAUCUAGGGUUUGUACGAGAAGCAUGGAUGCUGAUCGUUCAGUGCAGACAAAUCCUGAAAUGGAGCUAUGUCUAUGACUAUUUCUUGUCAGAGUACGAGAACGCCAAGAAGCAGUACCUUCGGCACCUGCGAGAAGAGGCGAUCGACACCCUUUUCGGGUUCUCGGAGAAGCUGAAGGACGAAACAGAGGAAGCUCUGGCUGCAGGAGGGACAUUGAAAGAGAUAGGUUUCUUCAGGAGCAAGUUAUCUAGCUUGACGAGGCCGACAAGGAUCCACUUCCUCCAUUUGGUCAAGACGCUGGAAGAAGGGAUUCCGGAGGUGAAGGUGGGGUCGUAUGAUGACGUGGCGGGCAAUCAUUGGUUCUGUGAUCGAUGCACGUAUCAGAACUCUUGGCUUGACAAAGGGUGCAAGAUGUGCUUAUUAGACACCGCCUUAGUAGCUUCACUGAGCCUAAGCGAUUAGAUUUCGCUUUGCUUUCAAUCCAUUUAGAGGGUUUUCUCUUGCUUUUGCUUCUUCUCUCUUAGGGGUUUGGAUUCCGAAAUGGGUUUUAUGUUUGAAAACAGCAUUGGUGAUUUGCUUAAGAUUUCCAAAUCCGUUUCCAAUUUUCAUUUUCCAAUAGUCAGCACACUUGUAUUCUCUAUAUGCAAAAAAAAAAAUUCACUAA